AUGACUGCACGAUCUGCGAGACCGCCAUGGACAGGUUUCUCACCACCUACUCCUGCACCAUGUCCUCCGACUGUUCCGCCUCCAAGGCCUCCUGAUCCAUGUCCUCCUCCUACUCCGCCUCCAAGGCCUCCUGAUCCACGUCCUCCACCUACUUCGCCUCCGAGCCCUUUUGAUCCAUGUCCUCCGCCUGCUCCGCCUCCAAGGCCUUCUGAUCCAUGUCCUCCACCUACUCCGCCUCCAAGUCCUCCUGAUCCAUGUCCUCCACCUACUCCUCCUCCAAGACCUUCUGCUCCACCACCAUGAUUUCCUCUACUUCCACCGCCAUAACCGCCAUCGGCGAGGACAAAGCACACUGUUGCCAGCAGCAAAACGAAACUGAU